GGCAUGACGGCGCCCGACGGUGCCGAGUCAGGCAAAGGGGGCGUGGAGGGCCUUGGCUGGCUCCAGUGGCACCUGGCCAUCGACGGGCGCGCCCUCGCCGCCGCUGCGGUGGGCCAGCUCGAGUACGGUGCUUCACUAGCGCACGAGAAAAAUUGCCUCGAG